ACAAUACGCUUCAUUUGAUUACGGACUCACAAAAGAUCAGCUUGACAGUCUAACUCGUAUAUCUGGUAAAUGUCGCCAAUUCGUUCAACUUUCAUGUCAUGAUGCUUGGAAUUUCCACACGAACCCUUGGUGGGUUUCCCGACAAGGAUGGGACAUGGCCAACUGGGGAGGUGCUCCGACUAACAGCUCUAAAUGCGGGUGCGCAAUACAGAAUCGCUGUGACAUGUCAAAUGACCAGUGUAACUGCCACCGAGAUGAUGGAAUGUGGAGAGUGGACGCGGGAUAUCUUGACGAUAAGCGCUAUCUACCGGUGAAGCAGGUACCGGUUCGUGAUGUAGAUAACAGUCAUGAAGAAGUAUACUUAACGGUGAAGCCGAUGGAAUGUUACGGAGUUGUGACGAGCGGACAGCCUACCGAAAAGUGCUUCUGCAGUCUCCACGCCGAAGUGAAAGGGUCUACCAAAGCGGGUCCAUUACUCCUUCAACUCCCGGAUCUCAUCUAUGGACAAGGCCACAACGACGUAUGGAUAGAUGACGGCAACCAGAAAAGGAAGGUCACCGAUGUGUAUCCACAGUUUUUUAAUACCAGGAUACGCCGCCAAAUAUUGCCUUCCAGUGUGGCUCACAACAAAUCACCGGACUGUGUCCGCGUGUUACAAAACUGUCCAGUGGACUGUGAACGACUUGCCAAAUUGAAAUAUGCCUCCAUGUCCUUGUCCACAAAUAUAACGAAUGCUGGCGUCCAAAAGGCCUUGGGUCAAGUGAUGUGUGAGAACGCCGGGGUGACCAUUCCUCCCCCUGGAAGCCGGAUUGUGGCCUUCUACAAGACUGCGCCUGGCUGUGAUUCCUCUGGCAGUUCCACGUAUUUCCACCCAGAUGAUACGAGCAUUUGCUGCAAAGAGUUCAUCUUGCCUUUCAGCAGACAGCCGUUCAACGUGUUCAAUGAAAAAUGUAGCCCCAAUGUGGACAUCAGCACCAUCUUUGGUUGAGAAAAACUGGAAAUGAAUAAUUUUGACUAUGCUAUUUGGAAAUAACUGCAAUGUUUACAGUUGCAAUAUGAA